AUGGCAAAAGAUAUCGGUACCGUUACAGAUGAUUUAACCAUUGUGAUAGAUACGGCAGAAGAAAUAUCGAAAGGUAGUGGUUUGCAAACUGUGGUCGGAGGAAUUGGAGAAACCAUUAAACCCUUUCUUCCAAUGAUCGCUACAAUAACGGAAAGUUUGGAAACAGAUCUGGAAGAAAUGAGUGAGUUUUUAAAACAAUUUAGCGAGAAUGUUCGAAGUGAUUUAAAGUUCGUUCAAGGAUCUUUAAACAUCCUCCACCAAGAGGUAUCACUCAUCAAAACCCAAUUUUGUCAUCCGAAAGAAAAAGAACAAGCAGAUACUAACGCGCAGAUUUCAGCGCCAAGAAUAGAUCCAAAAUACUUAACAGAUGUUGACACCGAAGAAAAACCAAUAAAGGCGAUGACAAGUCGUUUAGAGCCGAAACUAGCCAAUUUUCAUUUUGCAAGAAUGUCGGGAGGUAUAUCAACGAAUCUUGAAGACGGUGUUUUAAAUAUUAUUCAUUGGUUAGCACCAGAAAAAAUGUAUGAACAUAUGUGCUUAAACGCUAAGAAACGACGAUAUACACAACAAUGUGAAAUUUUCAGUUUUGGAAUGAUGUUAUGGGAACUAUGUUUUGAAAAAGUUCCUUAUCAUGGUAAAGAUAUGGGUUAUAUUACAAAUCACGUUACAAAAGGUGGUAGGGAAAGAAUUCCGAUCUACUCCGGAAGCAAAGAAGAGAAAGAAAUCUAUUCUGAAUUUAAAAAAAUUAUUAAAAUGGCCUGGGCUCAUGAUCCGGACGAAAGAAUUUCUAUAGGCAAGCUUUAUAUAAUGCUUUCAAAUAUGCAAAAAAAGUAUGUUCCUCCUGGACAAAUGCCUGACCUUUUGCCUGAUAACGUCUUGAAAUUGGAUGAAAGAAUACCGGAAGAACCAGUAAUGUCAGAUGACGAAGAUCUUUAUAUUGGAACGAUUACUGCUACUGGUGCACUAUCUUACUAUAUUUAUACCGAUCACUCCAAAAAAUUACAUAAUUCUCGAUUUAUGAUGUCUCAGGCAUAUGCUGAUGCAAAAAUUCCGCCUGUAACUCCCAAAAAUUCUCCGCUACGAGUUUUACCAUCACGUGAUGAAAUGAUAAAUACCCUUAAACGCUCGGGUAUAAGCAGCUUUCAAAACCAAGAUAAUGAAGAACUUGAUCUAUUAAUAAUUGGAGGUGGCGCAACUGGAACAGGUGCAGCUUUAGAUGCUGCAACAAGAGGAUUAAAAGUCGCGUUAGUUGAACGUGACGAUUUUGCUUCAGGGACUUCUUCUCGUUCCACGAAACUUAUUCAUGGUGGAGUGAGAUAUCUUGAGAAAGCCAUUUACCAAUUAGAUUAUGGACAAUACAAACUAGUUCGUGAAGCGUUACAUGAACGAGCCACGUUUCUAAAUAUCGCUCCAUAUUUGAGUCACCAGUUACCUAUAAUGUUACCUCUUUAUAGGUGGUGGGAAGUCCCAUAUUAUUGGGUUGGCUUAAAUGUAUACAAUUUCCUUGCCGGAAAAGAAGCUAUGGGAAAUUCUUAUUACGUUAGUCGUGACAAAGUACUUGAAGAAUUCCCUUGGUUAAAAAAAGAUAACCUUGUCGGCGCUAUAGUUUAUUAUGAUGGUCAGCAUAAUGACGCACGAAUGAAUGUUGCAAUUGCUUUGACUGCAAUUUCACAUGGUGCAACUAUAGCUAAUCAUGUUGAAGUAACUCAUUUACUUAAAGAUGAAACCGAAAAAAUAGUCGGUGCUAGAGUUCGUGAUAACUUAAAUGGCGAUGAAUGGGAUAUUAAAUCUAAGGGCGUAAUAAAUGCUACCGGUGUAUUCGCAGAUAAUAUUAUUUCACUGGACAAAAAAAAAGAUAAUAUAAUUAUGCCAGCUUCUGGUGUUCAUGUCAUACUACCAAAUUACUAUAGCCUAAGUGGAAAAAUGGGAAUGUUAGAUAAGUCAACUUCUGAUGGUAGAGUUCUGUUUGUACUUCCUUGGGAAGGGAAUACUCUUGUUGGCACUACUGAUUCUCCCUCGGAAGUAUCGUUUAAUCCUAUGCCUAAAGAAAAAGAGAUUAUGUGGGUUUUAAAUGAAUUUAAUAAAUUUUUGACUCCUGAAACAAAAGUUAGGCGAGAUGACGUUCUAGCUGCCUGGGCUGGAAUCCGCCCACUUGUCAUUGAUCCUGAAGCAAAAAAUACAUCAUCUUUGGUGCGAAGUCAUAUGAUCCAUGUUAAUGAUUCAAAUUUGAUUACUAUUACUGGUGGAAAGUGGACUACUUAUCGGAAUAUGGCUAAAGAAACUAUUGAUAAGGCUAUUGAAGUUUUUGACUUGAAACCGCUAUAUGAAUGUCAAACAGAAAAUGAGAAACUUAUAGGAUCUCAAGGAUAUUCUGAAACCAUGUUUAUUAAACUUAUUCAACAAUUUGGAUUAGAUACUGAAGUAGCAAUGCAUUUAGCUCAUGAUUACGGGGAUAGAGCAUGGGAUAUUAUAAAAAUGGCACACCAAGCGAAUAAUAAGCAAUGGCCUGAUCCAAUAAAAAAGAUAAGUUCGCAUUACCCAUAUAUCGAUGCUGAAGUUCGAUACGCUAUUCGACAAGAGUUCGCAUGUACUUUAGUAGAUGUGAUAGCAAGACGAACGCGUCUUGCAUUUUUGAAUCCACAAGCAACAUUAGAAUCAUUACCACAUAUAAUUGAAAUCAUGAGUGAGGAGUUAAAUUGGACUCCUGAGAAGAAGAUAAAAGAAUAUGAAGAGGCGGUAGAAUUUUUGAAAACCAUGGGUUUACCAAAGUCAGAUGAGAAAUUGUCUCUUGCAAUUGAAAACAAAUCACAG